AUGAGUUUAAUAGAGUGUGUUUCUCAGUCCCUCUCAACAGCAAUCACCGCUAAAGAAGAUAAGGAUUCUGAUUGUGAUUGUUGCAUUCUUAAUGAAGUGAAUGUUGAAUCCGAUGUUAACAAGAAAAAGGAACGUGAUGGUUAUGAUGAAGAUAAUUUGAACUGUGUAAAUAUUGAGAGUGUUGAUGCUACUACUGCUGCUGCCAGUGCUAUUACUGAACAGCAGAUGAAUAACAAGAGAAUGAAUGUGUUGUGUUUGGGGGGUUCAGAUAGUGGAAAGAGUACGUUUGUAAAUACAUUGACAGAGCAAUAUCAGAGCAAUUCAAAGGCUGUGUCGACUUCUGAACACUUUGAGUGUUUGUGUAGACAUAUGAGUCAGAUAGCAAAGAGUUACAGACAAGAUGGACAUGAGAGAUGGCCAGAAUGUUCAGAGAUGACAAAUAAGAUUCUCUUUGGUGGGGAGGAAUCAACAGAAGAUGUUAGCUCCCCGAAAGAUGAUGAAAUUCAAAUAAUUAUCACAGAUUUUGAAAGAAUUUGGUCAACUUGCCUGAAAUCUUACUAUGAAAAGAAUAAGGAUGCAAAGCAUUUCACAGAAAAUAUGAAUCAAGUAUUCAAGAAUGGUAAACUCUGCCUUCAAAAAUGUAAAUAUCAAUUAUAUAAUAGCACGAAUUCGACACAAAGAGAAACCAUUAGAAGAUUUUCCACUAGUCAUGAAUUGAAUUUGGUUACAGCUGGAGGAAAGAAGAUGGAAAGAAGAAGAUGGAAUUCACUCGAUUUGGAAGGAACCAAUGUCUUGUUACUCUUUGUUUCCCUCUCUGAAUUCAAUCAGCAAUCCAUAGAAGAUUCCAAAACCAAUAGAAUGGACGAAAGCUUAAAGACCUUUAAAGAAUUAUUGACCAAGAAACAAUUGAAGAAUAGCAGAAAGGUUGUAAUCUUUUCAAAACCAGAUAUUCUCCAAGAAAAACUCUCAGUAGAAGCUCGUUAUCAAAGACAAGUUUGUGAUUCUAUGAAAGAAGAAUUGAAAUCCAUGUCCAAUCUUAAUUUGGAAAGAAGUGUACUCAAUUCAACCAUUAACGAGUAUGAAAACCUAUUCCAACAAUAUUGUAAAGACUCCAAGUUUGAUUAUCACGUGUGUAAUACGACCAAUGAAGAAGAAGUACAAUCGUGCAUGCAAAGAAUUGUUUCCAAUAACUCCCAACCUUUCAUUUCUAAUAAUUUGAAGAGAAAAGAUGAAAAAUUCAUCAACAAGUUGUAUUCCAGCUUGAACAACAAGUUUUCUGAUAUUUCAUUUGUGUAA